GGGCGUGAUUGGUUGCUUUCGCUGUCGGGCCUGGCUCAGAGAGGAAAACGAGCCAGGCUGAGCAGGGCCAGGAUAAGAAAAACAGGGCCAAAAACAUGGAUGACCAUUUGAUUGGUUGCCUGCAUUAGGAGUCUUGUCAUCAAGAUGCAAUAUUCACCCGGCGUUUGGUUGCAUACAUGCAUAUGAUUACCGGCGUUAACAACAAAACUUAACAGCCAUCAUGUUGGGCUUCACAUUUCGUCAAACACUUUGAGCGCGUCGGAGCUUCCACUGCCCAUCGUGCCCACCACCAGCUCCCGGCGACCGUGGACGCGCCCGACUCGUGGCCGUGGCCGCGCCCGGCUCGCCGCGGUCGUGGACGAGCUUCAGCUGGCCAUUGUUGAGGAUCUUGCCGCGCCUGAAAAUGGCUGGCAUGGAUGUCGUGCUGACGGCGACCGCCCAGCAGAAGAGCGAGGCGGCUGUGGCGCGUGGUGCGCGCCGUGCUCUGCAUGCUACGGCGUGGGCUGCUACCGUCCAGCGCAAGCUGGCCAUGGACCUCGGCCUCCUCCGCCGCUGCAAGAAAGCCGGCAAGGCCCUCGGCGGCCUUUCUUCGGCGAGGUCGUCGUCCUUCUCGUGCCAUGCACUCGACCCGGCCCUCGCGGUGCACGAGCCCUCGCGCGGCCGCCGCGAGGUCGAGUUCAGCUGCAGCAACACCCCUUUCUCCGCC